AUGAGCAAUGGUGGUGGGAAGACUGGAAGACAGCUUGAACAGCCUGGUACAUGGAGGAGGAGGAAAGUGGGUGGUGGUGACGACUUUGCCAGGGCGAUUACGAAGAUUGCGGUAGCGCAGGUGUGCGAAAGCGAGGGGUUUCAGGCUUUUCAGCAGUCGGCUAUCGAGGCGUUGUCUGACGUUGUGGCUCGGUACAUUUUCAACAUUGGGAAAUCUGCGCAUUGCCAUGCUAAUCUUGCCGGAAGAACUGAAUGCAAUGCUUUUGAUGUCAUUCAAGGGUUGGAAGAUUCGGGAUCAGUGCAGGGGUUUGCAGGUGCUUCUGAUGUUGAUCAUUGUCUUGAAAGUUCAGGUGUUAUUCGGGAAAUUUUUCAUUUUGUUAAUGAGGGUGAACCGGUUAUGUUUGCACAUCCCAUUCCUCGGUUUCCAGUUUUGAAGGAACGGGUGCUUAAUCCAAGCUUUCUGCAAAAAGGAGAAGAGCCUCCUGGGGAUCAUAUUCCUGCUUGGUUGCCUGCAUUCCCUGAUCCGCAAAAUUAUUCACAGUCACCAGUGGUGAAUGGAAGAGGAACGGAACCUCGUGCAGUAAAAUUUGAGCAAGAAAGAGAGAAUGGCAAGGGGGAGUGGCCUGUGUUGAAUUUGAAGCAGCAGAUGGUCUCAAAUAUGUUUGAAAAAUCUGCUUUGGUUGACCCGACAGAUACUAAGGCAAAAAGAGUAGCAGCAGAAGGUAACCCAUUCCUUGCUGCUCCUUUGAAAAUUGAGGACAAAGAAAUUGCUUCUGUUCCCCUUCCAGCUAAGCUUUUCAAUGAUGUGGCUCUUGAUAACCCUGUUGUGGAAAGUUUUGUCGAAAAUGAACCAAUUUCAGCGUUGGAGACUUUUGCUCCGGCCAUUGAAGCUAUGAAAAGCACAUCCUGUGAUUCUAAGGAAGACCAGACAAAAUUUUUUGUGAAUGAGAAGCCUACUGUGCGUUUUAAGAUUGGGAUUAAAAACAAAUUAUUUGGAAGGUUUGGUGGUUUGAUCCCUAAAACAGAGGAGCAUAACAAGACUUUGCCAUGGUUUGCAAUGGAAGAUGAAAAGGAUGACCGGAAAAGGAGGGCUGAGAAAAUUCUAAGGGAAUCCUUGGAAAACCCAGAUCAGCUUGUUCAGUUGUAA